CGAAGUCUUUGAAGGGCGAAGCAAAGGAGUUGAAGAAACAUGGCGGCCAACGGCGUGAGAAGGGCCCUCAAUAAGCUAUCUUCGUCAUCAUCGACGACAGGGAGAACACUCUUCGCUCGUUCUUCUUCUGGUCCGAGUGUCGGAAAAUCAGCUGGAUUCGCUUUCUCGAACGGAUCAUCUUCAUCUCGCUCCUCACUUCGUAGGCUCACAUCCUCCAGGGUCCCAGUGGAACUGAGUGCAGGGAUGUCGCUUAUACCGUUACAUAGUGUUACUGCUUCAGCUUUACUCACUUCGUUGCUGUCUCUUAGCAAUCAGAGCUGGGGUUGCUUAUCUGAAGGAUUUGGAACGACACUAUAACAUGGACUGCGAGUUUUUGACUCCUCCAGGGUUUACUUGUCAGAUCCCAAGAAACCCUUUUCAUCAUUUCAUCAUCGGUGGUCUGCAGUUUUUUUUUUGUCCCCCAAAAGGUUUCAGAUAACAUUUCUCUUUGAAGAGCUCCUUUGUUGUGUCAUCUUCAGUUGGAUGAUUUCAUUACUUCAACAAUUCUGCUGAGGGAAAUAAACUUUGCUAGAGUUUUUACCUAAAGAUUAUCUAUUGAAAGAGUUCGAUUUCCAUUUCA